AUGGAACGUAGAAAAGCUGAACAGCGAUUAACUGUACACAAUAGCCGACAUGAUACGAAUCCAGAAGAAUAUUAUAACCCAUUAAAUGAGCUUAUGCAAAAAGAGCAAUACGGCCAUUUAAAACCAGUAUAUAACGAUUUACGAACUCAUCUUCCACAUUUGGGAAAUUACCAAGAGCUAGCGAGAGAAACCAUAUCCUAUGAACGUGUGAGACAGUCAGGUCCACCACCUUCGCCAAAAUAA